UUGUGACAUGGAUCGUUAUUCUCUGUGUGGGUUGUAAGUGCAACCUAAUUCUAUUUUAUGCAUGAUUCCAUCUGUGAGUUGCACUGGGUAGACAUUGAGUCACCGAGCACUGUGGUCAAGGGCACACCCCUUAUUGUCCCCGAAAUGAAGGGUUGUAAAGCCAGGCAGGAAAUCUACGGAGAGAGUCUGGACAACUUUCUGGAACAAAUAUAGUUCAGGCAGGAUCUUUUAUUUUGAUUUUUCCCUUCUGUGUAGUACAUUGAUACUAUAGUGUGGUGUGUAGAUAUCAUGCACAUGUAUGUUCGUGUCUGUGUGUGUUUGUCUCUCUAUGUGUGCAUGUUUCUCUGUGUGUGGGUGCGUGGCUGCUGAUGUGUGUGUGUGUGUGUGUGUGUGUGUGUGUGUGUGUGUGUCUCUGUUUGUGUGCAUGUGGGUCUCUGUGUGUCUGGUUGUGUGUGUGUAUGUGUGUACAGCGUUGUGUGCAGAAGAAGUGGGCUUUGGUGUACACAUGAACGCAUGUCCCUUCCUGUUUGAGGGGCCACCUUUUUUUGCUGCCUUUUUACAUCAUCCUGACAGAGGGAAAGGAGACGGCUAUCUGUUGCUAUGUGCUCUCUCUACGGCGACGGCUUGCACACACUUUGCACUACCACUGAUAACAGCAUUCAAGUCUGCCUCUCUCCUUACACUCCAUUAAAAAACAUUAUCGCCACUUUACUCGGAAUCAAAGCCUUAAUGUAGGCCGCGCCACGUGCAUUCAUCUCUGUUGACACAAUGAAAACCUUUUAUUCUCCGCUGCAUAGUAUUAACCGCAUAACCACGUCAUCACCCUCCCUCGUCUGUCUGCACGUCGCUGAGUGUUCCCCCCUCGGAGCUCUCCCUUGGCCAGGACCUCUCUCUGGAUAGACAUGCUCUCCAACCAGUCCCUCGGGCCCGUCGCCGAAAGCCUCUCCCGGGAGGAUUCCGACACUGUAUGCAACCACACCGCCGCCUGGGACUGGGUGCACACCAUACAGCCCGGCUACAUGUCCCUCAUCUGCGCGUUGGGCAUGGCGGGCAACGCCUUCGUCCUCUUGGUGUUCUGCCACCGGCGGCCGCGCCACCGCACCGCGGCCGACAUCUACCUGGGCAACCUGGCGGCGGCCGACCUCCUCAUGGUCUCCUGCCUGCCCUUCUGGGUGGCGACGAUCAUCGGCCGCUUCCAGUGGCGGUUCGGCGAGACCAUGUGUCGGCUGGUCAACGUGGUCAUCGGCAUGAACUACUACUGCAGCGUGCUGUUCCUGACGCUGGUGAGCGCCGACCGCUACCUGGCCGUCACCAGGCCGCUGUCGUCCCACAGGGGGGCGGGCCCCGGCAGAGGGAGGCAGGUGCCCUGGGCCCACGCGCUCUGCCUGGGGGUGUGGGCGCUGGGCGCGCUGCUCAGCCUGCCCGCGCUGCUGUUCCGCACCGUGCGCUCCUUCCCCGAGCUGGGGGUGGACGCCUGCGUCAUGGAAUACCCCCACGGGGGCUGGAGGAUGCGCUACAACCUGACCUUCAACCUGGUGGGCUUCCUCAUCCCGGUGCCGGUCGUGUCCUUCUGCACCUACCACAUCUGCAGGGUCCUGCGGGAGAGCCGCGCGCUGCGGGGCCGUUGCUGCAGGGAGCAGACGACGGCGGCGGCGGCGGUGGAGAGGAAGGCCGCCUACUUGGUGAUGGUGGUGCUCGCCAUCUUUGUCCUGUGCUGGCUGCCCUACCAGAUCGUCGUGCUGCUGGACAGCCUGGAUUACUACCAGGUGAUUUCGGGAUGCACGUGGGCACAUGUGCUCGACAUCGGCGUUCAGUUGGCCACCUACCUGGGCUACAGCAACAGCGCGUUGAAUCCCUUCCUGUACGUUAUCGUGGGGAAGCAUUUCAAGCAGCGGGCCAGAGAGGUCUUUAGGCAGACGCUGUGCAGGAGGAGGUGGAGGAAGACGGCGGGUAACAGUAACUCGAGUACUUUAAGAUACACAGAUAGUACCAAGGUGUGACCCCCCCCGUGAUCCCCACUUUGUGAAAGGCAAUAAGAGUCUAGAUUAAUUAGUGAUGUAAUUAUAGUUAUAUCAGAGUAUAGUUAUUUUAUUCAAAUGUUAUGAUUAUGUACAUUGAACAUUGGUACUCUGAUGCGUGAUUUUUUGUUAAUUAAACAAAUAUUUGAUGUGAUAGUGAAAUUGUAGGCAUGCAAUAUACAGUAAUAAAAAAAUGUAAUAACAUAUUCAAUGUCAUUUCUGAUUUAAUACUAAACCAUAUAGUUACAUGAGAAACACAAAAUUAUGUUGGGAAUAAUGCUGUUUUUCAGCUGCACAUUUGUGAUGUGCUGGUAUCUAAUUUCAUCAGAAUUUCUGAUUAUUGUCUGGGUCUGUGUUUCUAUACGAUGAGAUACUUUCCUUAAUAUCAAACAAUGUUAUUUUGAUUGAAUAAAUAAAAUACAAUA